UUUGCUAAGAAAACGCUGUUUUUAAAGGGAAACCAAGGUUGUUGAGGUCUGUUGUGGGCAUAGCAGGUGGAAGGUAGGUGUAAACCAAUUUUUGCACUAUAGCUGUCCAGUUACCACAGAUGUUCUCAGUCUUUAAUUUUUUCUUGUUUCGGAGCUUAUCGCUGGGGUUAGCGGAAACCGAGAUGCGUGCAGGUGUCAAGUCAAACGAACUGGUAAAGUGCGAGCUAACUAGCUAGCUAGGCUGAAGCUAGCGAGGCUAACGGUUGGAUUUCCGCGGUUCGCAAAGAAGGCUGCCGUGCUCCGGGAUCUUACUGCCUUUGGUUGGCCGGAGUAGACAGUGGAAAAGUUAGUGUUGUUGGCUGUUCGCAAAAAACAUACUGUCACGGUUGUAUUUUGCCUUUUAUAAGUACAGUGGCGAAUAUUUGCUGUGAGUGGCUGCGGGCGGAAUGGGGGGGCAUUUCCUUUACAUAGACGGUUCUGUUCAGUAUGCUAAAGUCCUUCUCCGUAGAGGCGAGGGUUGCUGCUGUUUGCAGGAACGUGUGGAGCAGAAGAGCUGUGCCAUUCCCCCUUUUGCCCUCUCAUGCCCCCCUUUCCCCCGUGUGUCUCCCUGUGUGUUAGUGCCCCCACACCCCACCCACCCCCAACCUGAUCCGUUGCCGCUCCAGCCCAAAGUCGCCCUCUCACCCCAUGCUUGGGACAAAGGUUGCUCACUGCCAGCCCAAUGACUGCCUGGAUUGUACUACCUGUCAGCUUGUCUGCCUUCUCCAUCACAGGAAUAUGGAUAGUGUAUGCCAUGGCUGUGAUGAAUCACCAUGUGUGUCCUGUGGAGAACUGGUCUUACAAUGUAACAUGCAUAGAAGAGCUGCCCCGGCCAGGCUUCCCGAAGUCAUGCUGCACCAUCCAGGACAUCCCCCUCAUCAGUAAAUGUGGCUCCUACCCUCCUGAAAGCUGUCUGUUCAGCCUGAUAGGCAAUGUUGGAGCCUUCAUGGUUGUGAUGGUGUGCUUUUUGCGCUAUGCCCAAGUGAUCGAACACAGCCACAGAUGCUGGGUCAACACCAGCGCUCUGGUGUCUGGCUGCACCAAUGCCAUUGGUCUUGUCAUGGUGGGCAACUUUCAGGUUGAUCAUGCCAAAUCUCUUCACUAUGUCGGAGCGGGUGUGGCCUUUCCAGCAGGGCUGCUGUUUGUGUGCCUGCAGUGUGUGUUGACCUACCGUCUGGCUGUCACGGCCCUCGACUACUGGAUGGCUCAUUUCCGAGUGGCUCUGGCACUGGGAGCCAUGAUCUCCCUCGUCUUCA